AUGGAUAAUGUGUUCGACGAAGGCGAUCACUACGAAGGACACAUUAUGGCGGUCUAUCACCAGCUACACUGUUUGUCUAUUAUUAUGACUGCUAUGGGGACCUCGCGGGAAGAAUGGGCGAUGCUUGAGACGGAAAAGCUUGAGCACCGUGCUCACUGCGUGGAAUAUCUUCGGCAGAGCAUUUUAUGUUCGGCAGAUACAACUUUGGAAGGUGAGACUGGGGCGUGGGCGAGAAGUACAGGCUGGGGUCAGACACACUCUUGUGUGGAUUUGGAUGCUUUGACAGCGUAUGCCAAUGAGCACGCGAUUUGGAACCUUACAGAGAGAUUGCUACCGGACAGCUUUGAUCCUCUCAAGGUUCCUAGUACUGCUGACAACCAUCAGCAAUAA